UGUGCUGUAAGACUAUUAAAAGGCUGGUCAAAAUAAAUGGCGAAAUUGGCCUUUUCCGGCCUUUCGCCGUCUUAGGGAGGGCCAGUUAGCCUUGUUAACUUGUUCGUGGUGGGCACUCCUUUAAUACUGAAUCGGUUUCAAUUAUGCGGCGUUUAAGUAAUAAUCGGACCAGUUUUACUACUGGUUUCCGGUUUUCCUCGCAAUGGUCCAGUUUUGAUAACAUUAUAGGGAGCCAUUUCAGAGAGCCUAUUCCCUCCACCACCCACCCCAACUACCACCACCAUCUAUUCGGCCGUUCAUGCGUCACUACUGAGCUUCUGCCUCUUCCCUUCGCCAAUAAAAGUCACAUACGUCGUCAACCUCUCAAGCACAACUUCAGCAGUGUGGCGGUAGAACCAGCAGAGAUUGAUUGGGACAACCUUGGUUUUAAGUUUAUGCCCACAGAUUACAUGUAUAUGACGAAAUUUUAUGAAGGAGAAAACUUUUCUAAAUGUGAAUUACAGCGUUUUGGGAACAUUCAGUUGAAUCCAUGUGCUGGGAUUCUAAAUUAUGGACAGGGAUUAUUUGAAGGUUUAAAAGCUUACAGGAAGCAUGAUGGCAAUAUUUUGUUAUUUCGUCCUAAUGAAAAUGGUUUGCGACUAAGGAUGGGUGCAGAACGUAUGUGCAUGCCUUGUCCAAGUGUUGAACAGUUUGUAGAAGCUGUAAACGCAACUGUUUUAGCAAACGAAAGAUGGAUUCCACCAGCAGGUAAAGGUUCUUUAUAUAUAAGACCAAUGCUUAUGGGGAGUGGAGCUGUUUUAGGCCUGGCACCUUCUCCUGAAUACACCUUUUUGAUAUACGUAUCGCCUGUCGGAAACUAUUUCAAGGAAGGUUUGGCACCAAUAAAUUUAAUAGUUGAGACUGUAACGCCUCGAGCAACACCUGGAGGCACUGGAGGAGUUAAGACUAUAGGAAAUUAUGCAGCAGUUCUGAAGGCACAAAUUGCUGCAAAGGAAAAUGGCUUUUCUGAUGUUCUUUAUCUGGAUAGUGUUCACAAAAGAUAUGUCGAAGAGGUUUCGGCUUGCAAUGUAUUUGUUGUGAAGGUACUCUAUUUUUUCCAUUUCGUUGUGUAUCAGUAACUGAAUUAUUGGGGCC